CGAAACAGCGGCACACAGUAACAACAUCUAAUUAACCGCAUUCUAACUCAGUAUUUGGACAUCAGAGGUUCCUGCCCUCCUGUUGGUGUUGACCCCCACGUGCAACGCUGUGACUGUUCUGAGCCCUGCCUCUGCCAUUCCUUGAUGUAACUCCUGCUCUCUGAUUGGUGCCUAUUGUUGCCGUGGCACUGGUUUCUGAAAAUGCUGUGCUAAGCUCUGUCUAGCGCAUCCUUGCCGUAUGUCUGUUCUUUGAAGCCAUAUCAUUGGCUGGAAACACUGAGUCAGUUGCCUGUAACACCUCUGCGUGCCACGCCUACAUACUCAUUGGAUGUUUAGCUCCACGGAUCAGGUUGGCUGUUGCUGUGUGCCUGGUUCCUUUCAAUCCCCCACAUCCCCUGUGAUUGGUUCCUGUUGGUCAGUGUCUACACACCAUUGGUCACCCGGGCUUGGUGGUGGAGGAUGGAGCCCGUGUUUGCCUCGGGGGUGGCGGCCAAGCUCAGGGGUCAGUGGGACCGCGACGAGGGCCUGGGUCAGAACCACAAGGCCCUGAAGUUCCUGGGGCAGGACUUUGAGUCUCUGCGCACUGCGUGCCUACAGAGUCACUGCCUGUUCCAGGAUGAAGCCUUCCCCGCACAGCCUUCCUCCCUGGGCUUCAAGGAGCUGGGCCCGCGCUCCUCCAAAACCCAGGGUGUGCGCUGGAUGCGCCCCACGGAGAUUUGCUCCAACCCCCAGUUCAUCAUCGACGGAGCCACUCGCACUGACGUCUGCCAGGGAGCUCUGGGUGACUGCUGGCUGCUGGCAGCCAUCGCAUCUCUGACCCUGAACGAGCCGCUGCUGCAUCGAGUGGUGCCCCACGGACAGAGCUUCGACAGAGAGUAUGCAGGUAUCUUCCACUUCCAGAUCUGGCAGUUUGGGGAGUGGGUGGAGGUGGUCAUCGACGACAGGUUGCCAGUUAAGGACGGGAAGCUGCUGUUUGUCCACUCUGCGGAGGGAGCGGAGUUCUGGAGUGCCCUGCUGGAGAAGGCCUACGCCAAGCUGAAUGGCUGCUAUGAGUCUCUGUCGGGCGGCAGCACGUCGGAGGGCUUUGAGGAUUUCACGGGCGGAGUGACAGAGAUGUACGAGCUGAAGAAGGCGCCCGCAGACCUCUACAGCAUCAUGGGCCGAGCCGUGGAGAGAGGAUCUCUGCUGGGCUGCUCCAUCGACAUCACCAGCAUGUUCGACAUGGAAGCAGUGACUUUUAAGAAGCUGGUCAAAGGCCACGCCUACUCUGUCACUGGGGUGGAUGAGGUGAUGUUCAGGGGGAACCCCACUAAGCUGGUACGGAUCCGAAACCCAUGGGGAGAGGUGGAGUGGACCGGGCCCUGGAGUGACGACUCUAGGGAGUGGAGCAGUGUAGACCCGUCUGUCAGAGCCCGACUGCACAACCGCAGUGAGGAUGGAGAGUUCUGGAUGUCCUUCAGUGACUUCCUGCGGGAGUUCAGCCGGCUGGAGAUCUGUAACCUGACACCGGACGCGUUGCAGGCCAGUCAGGUGAAGAAGUGGAGCACGGCGCUGUACGCGGGGGAGUGGAGGCGGGGCAGCACGGCGGGGGGCUGCAGGAACUACCCCGCAACAUUCUGGAUCAAUCCUCAGUUUAAAGUUGCCCUCAAGCACCCAGACACCGAGGGCCAAUCAGACUGCAGCUUCCUGGUUGCCCUGAUGCAGAAGGAUCGCCGCCGGCAGCGCAGGGAGGGGAAGGACAUGGAGACGAUCGGAUUCGCCAUUUACGAGGUCCCUGAUGAGUUUUCGGGCCGGGUGGGGGUCCACCUGAAGCGGGACUUCUUCCUGACCCACGGUUCUAGCGCGCGCUCUGAGCUCUUCAUCAACCUGCGGGAGGUGAGCUCGCGGUUCCACCUGCCCGCGGGGGAGUACAUCGUCGUCCCCUCCACCUUCGAGCCCCAGAAGGAGGCCGACUUCGUGCUCAGGGUCUUCUCCGAGAAGCCGGCCGACUCCCAAGAACUGGACGAUGAUGUCACCGCUGACCUGCCUGAUGAGCCUGAGCUGGAUGAAAGCCAGAUUGACGCUGGUUUCAAGAAUCUCUUCAAACAACUGGCUGGAGAGGCUAUGGUGAUCAAUACUCCCAAACUGCAGACUAUUCUCAACAGAGUCGUCAGCAAGCAUAAAGACCUGAAGACCAGUGGCUUCAGCAAAGAGUCGUGUCGCAGCAUGAUUAACCUCAUGGAUACAACCGGCAGUGGGACUCUGGGCCUGACCGAGUUCCACAUCCUGUGGGAGAAGAUCAAACGAUACCUGACUGUUUUCCGGAAAUUUGACCUGGACAAGUCUGGAACCAUGAGCUCCUAUGAGAUGCGCCUGGCUCUAGAGUCCGCAGGGUUCAAGCUGACCAAUCACCUGUUCCAGCUGAUCAUCAUUCGUUACGCUGAGCCCGACCUGAAUGUGGAUUUUGACAGCUUUGUCACCUGCCUGAUCCGUCUGGAGACCAUGUUCAAGACCUUUAAAACCAUGGACACCGAUGCAGAUGGAGUACUAUCCUUAAGCUUCUUCCAGUGGAUCUCCCUGACGAUGUUUGCCUAGACGCACAGACGUUUCCUCCUCCGCCUCCAGCUACCUCCCCCGUUUUUAUUUAUUUUACAAAGUGCCUUUCUCUUUUCUGCAUUGACUGGCCAUGGUUGGCCAGGCUGAACCCUUGCUUGUGUUCAGUAUAUCUGCCAUGAUAUAUCAGUGUGUGACAAGUGUACCAAGACAUUCAUGUAUCUCUAACUUGACAGAGGGGGGGAGGUUUGGGGGGGGGAUAAGCGUGCUGAGAUAUUUUUAAUUUCACUGGACCCCGUGGCCUGAACGUGGACUGAACUGAACCACCACGCUACAACACACCAAGCGACACUCAGGUCUCCUGCCCAAUCAAGCUUUUGAAGUGACACCUCCAUCUGUGGAGCACGCCACUGUGACGGAAUCACGGGGGUGUGGUCUUUUUUUCCCAAGCUGAGGAACAGCUGCCAUAUGAACACCUCAGAUCCCGCACACAGGAACCAGCUGCCUCGCGCUUGACUGGCUCAGAUCCCGCACACAGGAACCAGCUGCCUCGCGCUUGACUGGCUCAGAUCCCGCACACAGGAACCAGCUGCCUCGCGCUUGACUGGCCAAACUUUUCAUUUACAACUCACAUCAAUCCCACAUCACCUCUCUCUCAGGCAGUCACCUUCUGACAGCCAACAUUGCAAUCAACCAAUCAAAAGUGAGAGCUACAGAUUUCAGAGCUGUAAAAAAAAAAAACAUGGAUCAAUAUGUGCCACAAAAUAAUGGGUGGAAAAUGAGGCUUCAACCCCAAAAGCAGGUGGACCUGUUAUCAAUGGCAUACCGAAUAUGAACCAAUGGGAGUGUUCUGCUGUGGAGACUGAGGUCUUGAUUGGUUGACAUGGGUCAGUGAUUGACAGUACAUGGUAGUUCCCAUCAUCACUAACAGAGAGACCAUCUCUCAGUCAUAGGAAUGCCAUACUGAGGGAGACACGCCAGGAGAGAGGAAUCCAGGCCUUCUGCCCAUGCCUUCAGCCUGAA